GCUCGGCGUCGAUCAACUAAACACUAAAUAAACAUUUCGAUUACGAAAGUUAUCCCGAGGGGCGAGACGGGUUCAGUGCCAUCUGGUUUGCAGAAUGAAAUAUGUCUUGCUCUUCAAACUGCUGUCCCUACUGACUAUUACCACCCAGCAGGACACAUUUGAAGUCUUGGGUGGUUCAGUCGUUGUUCUUGCAGGAGAGAACGCAACGUUGCCAUGUCACCUCAAACCCAGCAUCAGUGCUGUAAACGUAAAGGUGAAGUGGAUUAAAAUAAAAUCAUUAGAUAAUAUCUCGACAGUUCAUGUUUAUGAAAACCAGAAGGACGUUGAAGCCGUAGCAGACUCGACAUACCUAGGACGGACGUCCCUUUUCAGAGAAGAACUUCAGAAAGGCAACGUCUCCUUAAAACUAAUUCACGCAAAAUUCUCCGAUAGUGGACAAUACAUAUGUGGAGUUCUGACAGCAAACUGGAAUGAGGGAGCUGCUGAGGUCACAGUUUCUGUCAAAGGUGAGGGAUCUUUGCCGAUGGUUUCCAUUAGAAGCCCCAGUGAUUGGGGCCUGGAAGUGUUGUGCAAAUCUACAGGCUGGCACCCCCAACCUGAACUGGUUUGGCUGAACAGUAAUGGGCAGGUACUUCCUGCUAAACUCAUAGAGACAUCUAGAGGCCAGGAUGGUCUCUACGACAUAAAAGGACUAGUUGUUGCUCAAACAAACUCCGACCAGAUUACAUGCAGAAUUCAACAGCAGUUUAAUGGCCACAUGUUGCAAACAAAGAUAGAUGUUCCAAAUGAUUUGUUUCCCAAAUCAAAAAUGGAAGGGCUCAUCAUCGGCUCCCUGUUGACUAUCGUCUUUGCUGUGGUCAUAAUCCUUUUGUGUUGCGUACACAAAAGGAGAAUUAACACAGAAAAAGCUCAAUCAUGGGCCAGAUCCGGACAAAAUACUACAUGUAUUGUGUUCAAAAAAAGACAUGGGAGUGAGGAUGAAACAGCUGUCUUAAAAGAUGGCAAAGAUGUGAAUGUCAGUUUCAUGCAAUUUGCUAAAUCACAUAUUAUCCAGAAUGAAAAUCUCAAGAAACAAUUAGACUUUUUGAAUACCAGAAAAUUGGAUUACAGCGAUGUGGUCAAAUGUCACAGAACCAUCAAUCUGGAUGCUGACAAUGCACAUGUUGAUCUUGAAGUAAAUGACAAAGAUGUGCAAAACACUGGAAAACACCCACAGAGCUUUGAACCCAACACUCUGGAACCUGGAACUGAACAUGUUCCUGUCGAAGGGUCCAAAAACACUGUUGAACCUGCAUCAAACACCCAUCAACGUUUCAAGAAAGCUCCCUGUGUUUUGGCAAAGGAGGGGUUUUCCUUUGGGUCACAUUAUUUUAUUGUGGAGGUACCAAAGAACGGCUGGAUUGUAGGAGUGGUCAAAGCUUCUAUCAACAAGGAGAAUACUUCAGGCUGCACUGUUCAAGAAGGCUGCUGGACUUUGAGGCACAGGCAGGGGAAGAUAAGUAUUCAUGAUGGUACUAUGCUAUCUCUUUUUAUGACAAGAGAGACAGAGAAAGUCGGGGUCUUUGUGAAUUAUGAUGAGAGUUUCGUCUCAUUUUAUAAUGUGACCCACCAUGAUAACACCGAUAAGUCAGGUGAUCAUAUCUACACUUAUACAAAUUGUAAAUUUGAAAACUGUCAAGAGGUCUAUCCAUUCUUUGGAAUUGGAAGUUUGAAAACUCAAAACUCAAAACUCAUCAUCGUUGACCCUGUUACCAAUGAUUAGCCCAAAAAAUGAUAACCAGCCGAACAGUAAACAACCUACAUAAGCACUUAAGGGAAAAGCACUAUAUCCGAAAGCUUUUCCCAACACCAAAAGAUAUACCUUCUAGACUCUAUAGCAGAUGGGAAAUCUAUGGGGGAAAUCCAAUGUCAACUAUGUGUUUGUCUGCAAUAAAGAAAUGAUAUUUCUGAGAACAACAGAACGAUCACCCAUGAAAGAUAUGAACUCUAUGAACAAGUAUUCUUAAGAUAAGUUCGACUGGAUGCUGUUCCUGGGAGGUGGAAUCCAAGGGGGUUGGACCCUACAGUAUAUACAGGACUGUAGCUGUGAC